AUGGCCGCCUUUGCCGAUGCCAUCUACGCCUGGCGUGACAUUAGUGUCGCUGCCGUCGGCGCUGAAAAGGCCAUCUUCAAAAACGUCUCGGGCUUUAUUCCUCGAGGUGGUAUGACCGCCGUUCUCGGCGUUUCCUCCACAGGCAAAUCAACCCUGCUCAAGAGCCUGGCUGGCCGCAAUGCCAAUGACGCUAAGAUUGACCGCGUCCUCGAUGCCAUCGGCCUCAGCCGCGUCAGCGACUCUGUCAUCGGUACCAUCCUUCGCCGGGGUCUCUCGGGCGGCCAGAAGCGCCGCGUUAGCUGUGCCGUCGAAAUUGUGGCUGAGCCUACCAUCUUGCUGAUCGAUGAGCCGACCAGUGGACUCGAUGCUAGCACGGCCUAUGCCCUCAUCGCCUAUCUGAAGCAGCUCGCUGCCACCAACCGCGACAUGGGCGUCAUGGUCACGCUGCAGCAACCCAACACCCGCCUCAUGGAACUCUUUGAUCGCGUCUGCGUCAUGGGCCACGGUGGUCAAGCCUACUUUGGCCCCCUCAAACCUGCCAAGGAGUACUUUGCCAAGCUUGGCUUCCCCUGCGACGAGGACGAAACUCCGACUGAUCACUACCUCCAGGUCACCGACCGGCCCAAGAGUGGCCCUGGUGGCUUUGACUUUAUCGCCAGCUUUCAGGCCAGCGAACACAACCGCGCACUGCAGUCGGUCAUCGACCAGAGCUUUGCCAACUCCAAGGAGAGUGAACAGCGACUUGCUUUCAAAACCUCCCAGUGGCGUCAAUUUGUUGCCCUGUUCCGUCGCAACAUCACCGUGGCUCGCCGUGAUGUGACCCUCUACUGGCUGCAACUCAUGCUCCAUGGCGGCUAUGGUUUCAUGGUCGGCGCUGUCUUCUUUUCCCUUGACCCAUUUGUGCUUGGCAACCGCCUCAACGACGUCUUCAAUGGCAUCACCUGGCUUGCAUUCAUCUCAACCUACAUUCACGUUUUCAAGACCAAUUACUUGGUCAGCACCAACGAGCGCUUCUACCAUGAGCACGCCAACCAUGCCUACGGUGUGCUGCCUUACUUCUUUGCCGAGUUCUUCUCCACCAUGAUUGGCACUUGCGCCUUCUUGCCCGGCAUUGCCAUUUGCUACUUUAUGAUGGGCUUGCCCUCGGAGGCUUUCGGAUUCAGUUUCCUCUCUUUUUAUAUGUCUGCCUCGCGGCCGAGGGGUCGUAUUUUCAGCACCGGCUCCCUGAUCCGCCCGGACAUUGUGCCAGAGGGUUGGCGUUGGGCACAAGAAGUGAGCUACUAUUACUGGGUCACUCGCGCUUCCUCCGUCGAUGUCAUGAAGCACAUUCAAUUCCGUUGUGCCGACGACAACUUUGCCAUGCUCACCGCCAACAACUCGUGCGCACUGCCCGUCCUCGGCCUUGACCUGUCCUGUGACAUUCCCACCGACAACGGAGAAUGCCGCGUCUCAGGCUCAAGUGUCCUGGACCAGUACAAGCACAUUGAUGGACCCGAUCCUUGGGAUUCCUUUGGUCGCCUGGUGGCCGUUGCCAUCGGAUUCCGCCUCAUCGUCCUCCUGGCCUACUAUUACCCUGUCCCCUACGUGGUGUCCGUUAUCAAGUCUUUCAUCGUCAAGCCCACGCCCAUCGCCGAUCUCCCGGCCCCCGAGCGCACCGAGCCGGCCUAUCACGAGGAAGGUGAAACGGCCCGCGAUCCCUCUGUCAUGGGCCGCCAGCUUGUCUGGCGCAACCUGACCCUCAGCCUGCCCAACGGCAAAAUUCUCAUUGACAACGUCAGCGGUGUGGCCCGCGGUGGCUAUUGCCUCGCCCUCAUGGGACCCUCAGGUGCCGGGAAAACGACGCUGCUCAAUGCCCUCUGUGGUCGCGCCACUUAUGCUAAGGUUCGCGGCGACGUCAAGUUUUCUGGACGCGCCAUCUCUCGUGAUGAUCUGGACUUUGUCGCCCAGUUUGAUGAGCUCUCUGAUGAAUUCACCAUCCGCGAGUCCGUCACCUACACGGGUCUCCUCAAGCGUCGCAAAGACGAGAGCGAGGAGGUGGUGAAGAAGCGCGUUGAUAAUUUGCUGCAAAUCCUGGACUUGACCUCUUGGGCAGAUCGCAAGCCUUCGGCCUUGACUGGUGGUCAGCGCAAGCGUGUCAGCAUUGCCAUUGGCCUCGUGGCCGAGGCCUCGAUUCUCUUCCUCGACGAGCCCACAACCGGUCUUGAUUCAGCUGCCGCAUACACGAUUGUCAAGUACAUCUCGCGUAUUGCCCGCCGCACUGGUGUCACGUGCAUCAUGACCAUCCAUCAGCCUUCCUCGGCUGUCUUCGCCUCUCUCGACGAUUUGUACCUCUUGCAAGAAGGCCGCUUGGCCUUUGCUGGUACCAUGACGGAUGCGGCCCGCCAUUUCAAGGGCAUUGGUUUCGAGCGUGACCCGGAUGAGAACCCCGCCGAUUUCUACUUGGAUCUGGUCAGCGAGGACCCCAAGACUCGCGCCGAUAAAAUGCAAAUCAAGCCUGCUUUUGCGUCUGAUGCCACUUGGACCGAUCUGUACAACAAGUCGCCUGUCCGCCAAGACCUUGAGGGCAUCGUUCGCAGUGCCAAGGGUCUGAUCAUUGGCAGUCUGUACUGGCGUACAGCACAUAGCGUGUCUCGCCUGACCGAGGUCACGGGUGCUCUCUUUAUGAACAUUUGGGUCGUGUUGUUCUCUGUGGUGGCCGGUGCCCCGACCUUUUGCGUCGAUCGCCGCGUCGUCCAGCAAGAUUAUGUCAAUGGCGCCUACCGCCUCAGCAGCUUUUGCGUGUCCCAGUUCAUCGCUUCCAUGCCCUACACUUUUAUCUGCGCCCUGGCCUACGAAAUUCCGCUCCACUUUAUGGCCGGCUUCAACGAUGCCUUUGAUGCCUUUGCCUACGCCGUCUUGACCGCCUUUGCGCUGAUGCUGCUGAUGGAGGCCAUUGUCCUGACGGUCGUGGAAGGUCUCAAAAACCCCAUGCUCUCUGUCUCGUUCUCCAUGAUCGUGCUGGGCCUGCUCUUCCUCUUCCCUGGGUUCUUCCUGCCUGUCGAUGACAUGCCGCCGGCCGUAUCUUGGGUGCCCUACAUCAUUCCCAGCACUUGGGGCACACGUGGUUCCAUGACCAAUGCUAUGCGUGGUCAAACUUAUGAGCUCAUUGAGCCCAUCAACGGCAUGACCUCGAUCGACGGCAACGACUUGUUGAUUGCGCUCUUCAAGUAUGAUGACGAUGUCAAGAUCUGGGAGGACUGGGUAGUUGUACUUGCAUGGGUCAUCUUCUGGCGCUUCGUCCAUUUCGGCAUGCUGUGGUUCACAAACCGUAACUUUGGCAAGAGCCAACAAACGGAAUCAAGCGAAGCAACCGCGACCCAGGCAACAGCUAUCAAGAUAUCGACUGACGUGGAGCUUGUAGACCAUGUGGUGGAUGCCGAUGAGUCUUUGGGCUCGUCGCAGUCGACGCAUCAAACGUCGGAGCACCACCUGCGCAUUGAUACCCUUUAAGUGCAGUGUUGUAGGUACACACUGUUUUCAAUCUUCCUUUGACAGCUGCUUUUCUUUCAGCUGCUUCCGGUCACUCAACGCAGAACUUUUUGCUGCUGUUGGUGCCACGUCUAGCCCGUCGGUUUGGCAGGCUGGACGGGGCAUACUUACGACCAUGGGCUGGGCCAGGCCCGCGAGUCAAGAUGCACCUGGCGUGUGUC